CAGGUGUUACCCCGUCAGUAUUUGGUCGUAACAAACCUGUUUUAUUCUCUAAUUAUUUUUUAAAUUUCCGGUUUGAAAUAAAUCGUUUAAUUCUGGUCCUUAUUUAUGAAAAUUCCCAGACCACAGCAAGUGUCUGCCUGACAAUGAUGUAACUAUAACUGUAGCUCCAACUCCAGCCACUAGAGGCUGCUAACGAUGAGACGAACCUACGUGCAGGUUAACCGGAAGCUUUGAUUAAUGGUUACGUAAAGCACUCAAAAUAUGUGUGUCAAAAUGUCUCCAAAAUAAUGUUAAGGUCCAGUUUUUGUCAGUAACGGGUGUUUUCUACCCAUUCGGCGAUGACGUCACGUUGGGGAGACGUGGUGGAAGGUAGCCUCAGCCUAGUACUAGAACUAUGGCGUCUAAGAGGUGGCAAGAAGCCCAAAUAACAUGUAUGAUGGCCCACAGCUGUAUAAUUUCGAACCUGUCAGACGUGAGAGGGCGAAUGGGGAAUUGCCGAGAACUGAUGGCGGUCAAAGCCAAUUAAAUGCAUGGUCAGAGGAGAAUGAGUGGAGAGUUGCUAUCUUUUAGCAACGCAGAGCGCUUGAGCAAGUCAAUGAACAGCAGUGCAUACAAUAACGACACUUUUAUUUAUGUUUACUGUCAGUGAAUAGCACCGAGUGAAAGUCAACGUUUUCUUUAAAUCUAGCGACAGCAAUUAUGUCGUAAGUACCGGUAAACUUAGUCAGAAGAUCUAGAAAUAGAAGGCAUAAUGCUAGCUAUGGGCUAACUUAGCCUAUCGGACACCCAAUCAGUGCACUUGCAAAUGAGUGCCUGCAAGUAUAACCGAUCGGGGUGUGACAUUAUUUAACCAUCUUAUCGCAAAUACGACCAGACAGAUGUACAUUGAACACAUACACAAAGCACAUCGUCCAACCCGGCGGAUGCUGACAGACAGCCCACAACAAGCCAAACAUCACCACGGCGGGUGUGCUCUCUCACUCUCGCACGCCCGUACAGUACACAAUCACUCCAACUUAUCCAACUCCAAGGCUAGGCUGCUUCACUAAGACCGCAACUAACCACAAGGCCUUCAUAACCAUGCAGUAUGCCGAAGCCGGAAGGACACAGGCACAGUCGCACACUCAAUUUAUGCAAAACAAUCCGUUUUAUCAUCAACAUUCAGUCACUGCAAAGAUUUAAAGACUAGCCUCUUACCAUAAGUUAGAAUGGACCCAAAGUAUGCGAUUGAUACAGUCUGGUUUAGCUCUCGCUUGCUAUCCGUUUUCAGUACGGCUUCUCAACAUCACUCUUUCUUGUGUUAGGCGCACAUGGCUAAUUUGCAUACACGCACAGGAUUGGCUGGCUCCGCAAGGCAAAUAAUAUAACAUAUUUAAUUAUCUUUCUAUCUGUCAAUCCAUCUAUCUAUCAACGCUUGUGUCUAGUUGUAAUGCGAUUUAUUUUGUGUGUGUCCAGUCAGACUUGUUGUCUCCCUUGUUCUGUGUGGUCUUGUAGGCUAUACUGCGUGAGCCGAGUCACCUAAAUGAAUUCCCGACGAUUUGUGUAGUUUGGUAUUAAUCAAGACUUGACUAGGCUAUAUAUCUAUCUAGGCUAUAAAUGAACAAUUAUUCGCCGAAGGCGAAGUGAAUAGUGGGGAAUAGCCCCCGAGACCGAAGGUUUAUUUGUUGUUAUUAGCGGACAUUUUGCGAUGAAAACAAUAUCGAGUUUGAGAUUUCAAUCAUGGGAUAUUGCCCAAUAUCCCGAGAUAGCGAACCAAUCAAAUUGCGCCAUCUUAGGAGGUUCACGUGUAGCAUAUACUAACUAUAUAUAAUAUCUUGCAUUUAUCUAUAUAUCUGUAUAAUCUGCUGAACACUCUCUACCCUCAAGGGUCUCAAUGCGGCUUUGGUCCGUGUCUCCCCAACGUGUCGUCAUGCAAUGCAUUCUGGGGGAAAUGAGAAUCAAUAGCAAACCGCUAAAAUAGUAGGCCUACCUACUUUUUCGUAUUACAUUCCGUUUUGUGAUACCUAACAACAAUAAAUACAAUAAAUAACAGUUUAAAUCUUUAUUACCAACAAGCAAAUUGCACAAAUUCGUUUGAAAAUAAACCCUGCAACACGGCCUUUAAGCAUCGUGUUCUAAUCCCGCAGUUCCCAGACCGUCCCCCCCCUGCCAGGGUGUAUUGAACCAGCCAUGGAUGAAGAAGAGUGUGUGACGGGCGUGGCGGGCGACUCGGCCCACCCCCUCCUGCGCGCCGUGUACCUGCGGCGCCUGCGCCUCACCCGGCUGCUCCUGGAGGGCGGAGCCUACAUCAACGAGAGCGACCGCCACGGCCAGACGCCGCUGAUGGUGGCGUGCCGCACGCAGCACGCCGACGGCCAGAGCGCCAACCGCGGCAAGCUCCUCAAGUACCUGCUGGAGCGGGGCGCCGACCCCAACAUCCAGGACCAGGACGGCCGCUCCGCCCUGAUGCACGCCUGCCGCGAGCACGCCGGCCCCGAGCUGGUGGCCCUGCUGCUGGCCGGCGGCGCCGACCUCGGCCUGGAGGACCAGAGCGGCACCUCGGCGCUGGUGUACGCCGUCACCGCCGGCGACCAGAAGGUCCUGAGGCUGCUGCUGGACGCCUACAAGGGCCAGGGCAAGGAGGUGAUCAUCAUCACCACCGACAGCGUCCCCAACGGGAGGGCCCGCGCCCGGCAGUACCGCCACGGCCUGGCGCCCCACCUCGCGCUGGACGUCCGGGCCUCCCAGGCGCCCGCCUCGCCCUCCGAGAUCCAGAUCAUCACGUCCCCGCUGGGCACGGGGCCCGGGUCGGCCUCGGGCGCCCACAAGCAGGUGUUCUCCUUCAAGGAGAACCAGUGCUUCGCGUGCAGCGGCGGGAACCACUCCAACCCCUGCUCCCCGACGCGGCUCCGGGACCCGGGGCCGCAGCAGACGCGGCGCUGGCCCGGCCGCCUGCAGCAGCAGCCCCUCCUGAGGUUGAACUCCGAACCCUGGCUCAAGAUCCCCGCGUCGGCGGGUUCCUCGCGGGUUCCCCCCGCCGUGGCCGAACCCCCGCCCUCGUUGCCGGAGAACCGCCCGUGGGAGAGCGGCCCCCCCAAGGUGGAGGUCUUCCACGGGCACCCCAAACCCGACGCAUCGGACACCGGGAGGAAAGCCAGCAGCAGCGACAGCAACAGCCAAAACACCUACCCCCCCGCCCUGGUGAGCUACGGCCGCUUCGGCGGCCCCAGAGGUCCCGGCAUCGCCAUGGUGACGGACGGCCUGAACCAGUCCAACCAAAGGUCCGCGGCGGAGAAGAGAGGAAGCCAAGCCGGGGGAGGGGAGGAGGGCGCCGGGGAGGAAGCGCUGGUGCGGGGGGGGGGCGACCCCAAGCGAGGGCAUCACACCAUCUCCUUACCGGGCAUCAGCUCCCCCCACUCGGCCUCGCACCCCAACCUCCACACCCCGCAGCACCCGGCCGGGGGCCCGGGCCCGGGCGGCGCCGUCUCCCCCUCCGCCUCCUUCUGCUGCGGCAAGACCCACGGCGCGGCGCUCUCCGGCCUGGACAGCAUCAUCCACCGCCGCAAGCUGGGCGCCGACCACUACGCCUCCGACCCCCAGCUCACCCUGAAGACCGCCAGCCCGGAGGAGACCCAGGAGAGGGCCAGACCCCCCCCCGCCGCCGCCGCCGAGUCCCGGCGGCUGGCCACCUUGCGCUCCUCCACCCUGGGGGGCUCCGGGUUCUCCGCCUCCAGGGAGUCUCUGGAGGGGCCGGGCCCGGCGGCCAGGAGGGCCGUUCCGUGGUUUGAGCGCCGGGGGUCCGGGGCCUUCCUGCUGGAUCAGGGCUCGGGGCAGUACCCCCCCCGGAGCCUGCCGCCGCUGCAGCUGAGCCCCCAGUACAACCACAGCCCGGCGGGGGGCGGGGGCGGGGGCAGGGCGGCUCGGACCGCCGGUCACGACCCCCCCUGCGAGAAGACGUCGGGCCUCAAGACGUUUGUCCCCUGCGCUCCGCCCGGACCCCCCAAGGAGGCGAGCCGGAGGGCCUUGUUGAGGAGGCACUCCAUGCAGAGCGAGCAGCUGAAAGCGGCCUGACCGACCGGGCCCCCCCGACCCCGGACCCCCCAGAAAGGCCCUUCACUAGACUCAACACUGCUCCUGGUUUGGUGUGUACGGGCAAUACUGGCCGAAAGAUAAAAAGCAACAAGCAACCAAAAAAACAAUGCCAUUUAUGUUUGACCUCUAAAGUGGGGUGUACUCUAUCGAAUUAGAACGAAACAGAGCUCGAUAUCGACUGGAUGUUCAGCCACGAAGGCCCCCAGACGAAACGCAACUUGGUUGAUGUUUUAACUUAAAGUGAUGGACAACAGAAAUCCAUAAUGUACUUACAAUUAUGAUAAUAAGGGUCAUCAAGCUUUGAAUUAAGCAUCAGAAAGGGAUUUUUUUAUGAAAUCCAUUGCAAUUUUAAGUCUAUUUCCUUCUAUUCCUUUAUGCUGAUUUAAUGGGCGGGGUCUAUUUCCCUCCUGGCUUCAUAGCCAAGCGGCUGACCAAUCACAUAGUAGGUAGGUGUGUAGUGGAUACUUCCAUCUGUGAUAUGUACUGCUUAUAUUACGUCCUUAGAUGCUUUUUCCAUCUCUUUACUUCCGAAGUAUGGGCAAAGCUUGGUGUACAUCGAUUCUGAAUGGAUCUUUAACCCAUACCAGCAUCUUCAGAAAUAAGGUCCUACUUGAGUUGAAUGCAACAGUAUUCACAUCUUAACCUUAAAGUUUUUAGAUUAUGUUGUCCAUCAAUUAAAGCAUGGGAAAUUAUAGCAGUUUAGAAAACAAAAGCUGGGCGUACCUUGGGCUACAUAACUUGCUUCUGCUGCUUUAGUGUGUUGGUUUGCUCCAACUAGUAGAAAUAACUUCCCCAACAUCAGCUUCAGCUGCUAGAAUGUGCCCGAACUAGAAGUCAACAAGAAUGUUGGAAAGCCACAAUCCACCACAAAAAGAAAGUGUUUUGAGUGUAGCAUGACUAAGCAGAUGAAACAAAACACCUUAAAACAUGUCCACAACAAUGUCCUUUCAUUAUUUAUUAUAAUUAAAAAAAAGACAUAACACAUCAUAAAAGAAGUUUAAAAACUAUUAAGAGCCGAGGUUGACUUUUCUCAUGUACCAUAAAAACAUUUCAUAUGACGACACGACAAUGACAUAAAAAAUGCUUCCCAAAUAUUUACAUGUUUUGCACUCGACCAGGACGCUGGCUGAGC